GAUUACUUUGUUUAGUCUCCGUUUCACAAACGUCUCAAGCUCGCGUAAAGGCCCUCGUGCCAAAGAUACCUUGAGGUCCUUUCUACGGACAGUUGCUGUCACUUUUUGCUGAUAAAGGGCCAAACUGAGGCCGUUGCUCACAGAGGCCCCUGGAAAAACCAGGAUGGAUUUCACGAGGUCAAAGCUGAAGAUUCAAAGCUUCAUUUCAACAUGGCAAUUCAUCACCUUCUUCGCUUUACUUUGUCUGUGGUGUUGCGAUCGAACCUCUGCAGGACCAAUUGCACGUAUUAUCAACGAUCCUAGCAAGCCACCCAAAGAACUAAUCGAUGAAGUGAACACCGAAUUCUGUUUCAAAUGGAUGGAAAAGUACGGGAUUAAAAAACCCGGACAGGCCGUCAAUUUCACGGACAUGAUUGCAAAAAUUCAGUACCGGGGUGGACUAAACGUAACUGGAAAGUUGGACUAUGAGACCAAAAAGCUUUUUGUGCUACCACGAUGUGGCGUCCGGGAGCAAGAAGACGAGAACCAAGUGCACAGCUCACUUGAAUCAAGAAGAAGAAUUAAACGGUAUACUAAACAAGGGACAGAAUGGAAAAAAAGAAACCUUACUUACCGUUUCUUGACACCCACAAAAGAUCUUCCUGUCGACAUCCAGAGAGACAUUCUUCGAAAAAUGAUCAAAAAAUGGGCAGACGUCAGCACCCUGACCGUCCGGGAGCAAACUGAUCCAUCAGUGCCUAAUGACGAUGUGGAGAUACUCAUUUCAUUUGUUGCAGGCUACCAUUUUGAUCCGUACCCCUUUGACGGCGCAGGAGGAACAUUAGCGCAUGCGUAUUACCCGCACAAUAACAGAGGCUUGUCCGGUGACGCUCAUUUUGAUGACGAUGAGCUGUUUACCACGGGAACACCAAAUGGCAUCAACCUAGACUGGGUGGCGGUUCACGAAUUUGGACACAGCAUGGGUCUGGAACACUCCAACGUACGAGAAUCCAUUAUGUACCCUUGGUACAAGGGUUAUUUUCCUAAUAUCGAGCUUACUGAGGAUGAUAUCCUUGGUAUACAAGACAUUUAUGGUAAACCACCAACUACAAGUCCUCCAACAACGACCAGUCCUCCAACAACCACAAGUCCACCAACAACAACCACUCCUCCGACUACCACCGAAGCGACGACAACCAACCCUCCGACUACCACCGAAGCGACGACAACCACCCCUCCGACUACGACCGAAGCGACGACAACCACCCCUCCGACUACCACCGAAGCAACGACAACCACCCCUCCGACCACCACCGAAGCGACGACAACCACCUCUCCGACUACAACUGAAGCGACGACAACCAAGCUCCCUACAACGACGGAAGCGACGACACCUAAAGCAACAACGAUGGCCACGACUAAGCCCACGACCAAAACAUUUACAGAGAAACCAACUACCCCUGAUAUACAACCAGUUCUUGAUAUUUGCAAAGUGUCGAAGUUUGACGCUUUCUUGAUGGGCACGGAUGGUAGGACAUACGUGUUCAGUGGAGAAUAUUUUUGGUCGUUAUCUCCAGACCUCGAGAUUUAUCAGGGCCCAAUGAAGAUCAAAUCAAAAUGGAGGGAACUCCAGACACCAAUCAACAGCGUGUAUACCAAUUCUAACAGAAGGACUGUGUUUUUUAAAGGAAGCCUAUACUGGAAGUAUUAUGGUUUCAUUCUCGAGGAAGGCCCCAGAGAGAUAACUCGCUUCGGCCUGCCUUCGUCACUGACUGAUCCUGAUGCAGCAUUUGUUUGGGGAGGCAAUGGCAAGACGUAUUUCUUCAAAGGGAAUAAUUACUGGCGGUACAACGAGUUCAAAAAAAUCGCAGACGAUAAUUAUCCAAGACCUAUUUCAGUUUGGGGUCUUCCUCACCAAGUGGACGCAGCCAUUACAUGGAAAGGAAAUCGCAGAACCUAUUUCUUCAGAAACAGCGAGUAUUGGAAGCUAGAUGAUGGCGCCCUUAGAAUGGUGUCUGGAUACCCGCGUAUUAUCGGCCCUGCUUGGAUGCGAUGCAUUGACAUAUUCAAAGUUCAAGUUGGAGUUUUGCAUUUGUGCGCUUUGGUCAUGAGUUUCAAGAAGUCGUCGAUUCUUUCUAUAGAUCUGAGAUCUCCAUGGCAUUUACUCACAGUUGGUUUGUUAAUUAACUGUUGGUAUAGUGAAUGCACCUCAGCAGCGCCCCUUCCUUUCCCAGACUCAAGCAAACCGUCAGUAGCAGUCGUUGAUGCAGUGACACUUAAAGACGCCGAGGAAUGGAUAAAAAAAUACAAGAUAUUAUCUGGGGUAAGACCGAGUGCGCCAACUCCUGGACUCGAAAAAGAAAUUGCUUUAGUUCAGCGCAUGGCUGGAAUAAAUGUCACUGGAGAGUUGGACUUUGAGACCAAAAAGUUGUUCGUGAUUCCUAGAUGUGGAAACACAGGGGAAGCAAAUGAGUUAUCCCUCUAUGGUGAAGCAAGACAAAGAAGGAGAAAACGUGAUUCUACCGACGACUACCUUGCUGGAGCAUGUGAGAAACUAAAUAACUACAUUAUCAAGGAACCCUCAAAUCACUUUUCUGGAGAUGCUCUAGAAAGUAUAAUUGCUAGGCAGAUUAAAAUUUGGGAAAAAAGGAUUCCUGGUGUAGCAAAGUGCCGUAAUCGGCGCUCGAGAAACGCAGAGAAGAGAGGGGAAAUAGAGAUAAGCUUUGUACAACCCAACAGCAGUGAUCAAUAUCCGUUUGAUGGAAAAGGAGGAACAUUUGGAGAGGUUUUUUUUUCAAAUGAUAGCAAAAUUAAGGUAUAUUUUGACGACAGCGAACCUUUCACCACAAAUACAAGCAGUGGCAUGAACUUGGACUGGGUGGCUCUACAUGAACUUGGCCACACCUUAGGUCUGAAACAUUCCAACGUACGUUACUCCGUCAUGUAUCCCUGGUACCAAGGUUACUUUCCGAACCUCGAGCUUAGCCAGAGCGAUAUCGAUCAGUUGCAAGCCCUGUUUGGCAAACCAAGUCCGACAUCAAGACCACCUGCAAGGACCAAAGCUUUAGCAUUUACCGAAGUGACAACAAGUAAAGCCAGCGCAGCAUUAAUCACGGAUAAGAUUACUCACGCAGUAACUACCGCGGCAGAAACGGAGGAUACGACACUAACAGUCACAGAAACACCUUCAUCUUCUCCCUUUGUGGGGGAUAUCUGUAACAUGCAUAGGUUUGACUCUUUUAUGAUGGGCGCAGAUGGCAAGACGUACGUGUUUAGUGGAGAUUAUUUCUGGGUACUGUCAGCUUCUCUCAGUGUCGAAGAUGGCCCGCUAAAGGUAACAAGUAAAUGGAAAGAACUUGAAACACCCAUCAACAGCGCCUAUACCAAUCGAGACGGAAGGGUGGUAUUUUUCAAAGGAGGCAUAUACUGGAAAUAUUACGGUGACAUACUCGAAGAAGGUCCUGGUGACAUCCGUCAAAUUGGUCUGCCAUCGUCACUGAGUGAUCCUGAUGCGGCGUUUGUUUGGGGAGGCAAUAAAAAGACGUAUUUCUUCAAAGGGAAUAACUACUGGCGAUAUAACGAGUUCAACAAAGCUGUGGAUAAAAAUUAUCCAAAGUCUAUAAUUGCUUGGGGUUUGCCACACAACAUGGACUCUGUCAUGACCUGGAAUGGGAAUGAGAGGACAUAUUUCUUCAAAGAUGACGAGUAUUGGAGGCUUGAUGAUGGUUGGCUUGAGUUGGAAAGAGGAUAUCCUCGCAGCAUUACCCCAGUUUGGAUGAAAUGUGAAACGGGGUCGCCAUAGAUGAUCCCACCCGUCGUCAAAUGUUUUUGAACAUGUACGGGAAAGAAGUAGUUUCUCAAGACACCAGUGUGCAGAAUAUUAGUUAAUUGGUAGAACAUUGGCCAUUUAAACUUCGUAAACCCUUAAAACCCUUUCCGCGCUUUUUCCUCUAUGCCAAUUAUGAAGUAAAAUUUGGCGAAGGUUUCGCAUCGUCAAAGCAUCGUGUGCAUUGUCACAAUAUUCUACAAGAUGGCAGUAUAAGUUGGAAAAUUGUUGAAAAUAAAUUU